GGCACAAUCUCUAUAUAAUCGUAGAUACACUUCAAAGAAAAUAAGUUAUGAUGAAAUUAAGUUUUUAAGUUAUUAAUAUAAAACAUGUUUGGAUGUAACUCAAUAGUAUGAUUCUACAUAAAACUAUAACAGUUGUUUUUUCAUUUCUUACUCUAACUAUAGCGGAAAGUGAGCCAUACCUUAAGGAACCAUAUCGCCCACUAAGUCCUCUUGUUAAAUGUAGUUUUUUGCCCAUAGAAUUUCUAGAUUGUGAUGAGCCAGUAGAUCAUAAAGGUAACGAAACUGCAAAAAAGGCAGUAAAGCAUGGCUGUGUGAAAUUCGGAGGUUCUAGAUAUGAAGAUGUGGAAAAAACAAAAGUGCAAUGUAAAGCACUAGAUGGAAUUGAAUGCUAUGGAAGCAGGAGUUUUCUUAGGGAUGGAUUUCCUUGUGUACGAUAUUCAGGACAUUAUUUCACAACCACCUUAAUAUACAGUAUAUUAUUAGGAUUUCUUGGAAUGGACAGAUUUUGUUUGGGCCAAACAGGUACAGCUGUGGGCAAGCUUUUAACAUUGGGUGGACUUGGAAUUUGGUGGAUUGUCGAUGUUGUAUUAUUAAUAACUAAUAAUCUGCAUCCAGAAGAUGGUAGUAACUGGAACCCAUAUGUUUAAAAAUUUAAUAUACCUAACAUCCACUAUGUUAGGUAUCUUUUAUUGUCUACACUCAGAAUUAAGCACAAUACACAAUAAAUCUCUUGUUAAUAAUUUGUUCUCAAAUGAGUUCAAUAAAUAAUACUACAAUAUG